CAGGGCGGCGGGGGGAGGGUGGCCGCGGGCAGAGGAGGGGCCGAGCCGCCGCUUUAAACUUGCCGGGGAGGGCCGAGCCUCCCUGCCCGGGGCAGCGGGGUCUCCUCAGCGCACCCGGUUCUCCUUAACUUCAGCCCGGCACCAUGUCGGGCAAUGGGGCGGCGGGCUCCGGCCUCCGGAACUCUGCCGCCCCGUCGGUCCGCGGCGUCGGGCGGUGAGGGGACACCCCCGCCCCGUCCCUCCGCCCCGCCGAGGGGUGCCGGGGCCACCCGCCCUUCCCGCCUUCUUCUUCCCGCCUCCCGCCCCGCCAUGGCCGCCCGCGGAGCCGAGCGGCGCGGCGCGGAGCGGCUCGGCAGUGCCGCCGGGGUCCCUCCGCCGUGAAGGGGCGACAAGCGGGGCGGUGUGUCCCUGCGCUCGGUCCUGCCUCUUCCCCCCUCACCCCCCCUCCCUUCUUCCUCCUCCUUCUCCUCCUCCUCCUCCCCGGAGCGGAGAUGUGCGAGACCCAGGCGAGGGGAGUCGCCUCCUAGACCGGCAGCCAGGAUGGUGCACCUGCGGCCCCUGCCCUUCGUCGUGGUCCAGGGCCUCCUCCAGCUCGUAUUUUGUGACGCUAAUCAGGUCGUACAAGCCACAGACGUGCUGGAGUGGGAAGACAAGGAUGCUGCAGAGACACUGGUUGACAACGUGGUCCACUCCAGGAUCAUCAAUCCUUUGCGCCUGUUUGUUAAACCGUCUCCGGUUCUGAAACACGGCCAGGUGUCCUACUCAGACAGCAUAGAAAAUUUUUGGGAUUGGUUGUCCAACAUCACGGAGGUUCAGGAAUCUCUCACACGAACUAAACGCAGGCCUAUAGUAAAAACUGGGAAAUUUAAGAAAAUGUUUGGAUGGGGCGACUUCCACUCUAACAUCAAAACUGUUAAGCUGAACCUCCUGAUCACAGGGAAAAUCGUCGAUCACGGCAAUGGGACCUUCAGUGUUUAUUUCCGACAUAACUCCACAGGUCUGGGAAACGUUUCCGUAAGCCUGGUGCCACCUUCCAAAGUGGUUGAGUUCGAAUCAUCUCCACAGUCAACACUGGAGACCAAGGAAUCCAAGUCCUUCAAUUGCCGAAUCGAGUACGAAAAAACAGACCGCGCUAAAAAAACUGCCUUGUGCAAUUUUGACCCUUCAAAGAUCUGCUAUCAAGAGCAGACUCAAAGCCAUGUCUCCUGGUUGUGUUCCAAACCAUUUAAAGUUAUCUGCAUUUACAUUGCUUUCUACAGCGUAGAUUACAAACUGGUGCAAAAGGUCUGUCCUGAUUACAAUUACCAUAGUGAGACUCCGUACUUGUCCUCCGGCUGAUACAAUCGCGGGUAACUGUAGAGAUACAGCAGCAGGCAUAGAAAUAAGCAUUCCCAUUAACCUUUUGGAGAAGAAUAUGUUUUCCUAUCAGGUUAAAAAGUCUUUAAAAAAAACCCAAUGUAGCUGUGUAUGUGCUGUAUCGUAAAUAAUCACGCUCAUUUUCAUUUGAGACCAUCGCAUUUUAGCUCUCUCGUCAUUAAUAAGGGAACUACCAGGCAGGCACAUGACAAAAAUCAAAUAAAAUUAUGUCUGUACCGAACGUCGGUCUUGCAAAUCACUUUUUUAAACUAGACUCGAUGGCAGAGAGGUUGCCUUUUACUUGACUCGGACAGCACGUAGCAGGAUGCUGUUUCUCACUGGGAACUGUAGAAGAUGACGAUAUAAGGAACAAACGGUGGCGCAGACUCCCAGCUGCUUAUAUACAAAAUCCAAAUAAACAGCUCUGCCACUAAUUUCAUUAAGAACGUUACACGCACAGGGCUCAAGGAAUCAAGGCCAAAUACUAAGAGAAAGAGCUAUUUCUAGGACAAAAGAAAAAAAAAAAGGAAUCUGCAUUUCUAUGAGUUGUAGUAGUUGUAGGUAGUCAGUGAAGUGAAGAGUGAGUUCUUCCUUCAGACUUCUUACCCAUGGAUAUGCAAUGACACAAUUAGACAUGGACGAGCUUUAGUUUAUUAGGCCCACCAGGGGUGCAGGUUUGGUGUACACGUCUUUCUUCCGUGGUCACCACUGGUUUCGGUUCUUCUCGACUGUUUACAUAUACACCCGUUCUAGUUUGACGGUGACAGGGACCAUACACACCUUGGAAAUGGAUAAUCUCUGUUGAAGUCCGACGAUAACAGGGGCUGGCUGCCGCGUAAAAGCAGCCAUGAUCUUACUGUCUACCCCUCGUAGCACUGUGUUGCAGUAACGAGAACACAUCACAGCAUAAGGACAGCACCUGCGCAAGCUUUCUGCUUAACGGCACCCCCUUGUCUUCCUUAGCACCGCACUGCGUACCUUAAGUCAAAUUAUAAGCAACCACAAAUUAAGAGGACAACAAAAAUCUAUGCGUCCUCACUUCGUAGAGCCGGUUUCAAACAAUUACCGUCAACGUAAAAACACCCAGCCAGACUUUCCCCUUCGCACAGAGCAGCACCAUCGCACCGCCGUUAGCUGUAACCCCGCUGCGGCCGUUGGCUCCCGCGAGGCCGCUUCCGGCGUCAGGCCCCACGCCAAGGCGCUCGCCUCGGGCGCUGAUUCUGCCGCUGCUGCCAAUGUGCUCCCGUAGCUCUCCGUGACAGCGCCGUGUCACGGGGGCCGUGGAAGAAGCCGGCUGAGGAAGUGCUUUUUAUUGCCUCCAACCAAACUUACACGCAGGGCCCAAGAGGUUACACACCGUUAAAAUACCCCAUGCAAGUGGUGUGCACGCAGACGAGCGACUGACAGCUCGCAAGGACUCACUCAGGAGAUUAAUUCCGAUUUCCUUGGUGAAGUAAAAAAAAAAAAAAAAAAAAAAAUUACUCCGUUAAAAAUAUACUACAAGUAACCGGCUAAUUUGUUUUUCUCUUUAGGUGACAUAUUUAAAUGUGUGGUUUAGUUUGAUCAAUAAUCUAAAUGUUUUCCUUCAUCUUAUUUCAUACAGAGUCUCUCCGCGUCUAAAUGACGUUUUUUAGUUUGUCUAUUACUGUCGAUUCCUACAAGAUGCUCUACUUUGUAUUCUGUAUAGCGUGUCCUCGUUCCGGCUGUAUAUAAGCUUGGAUUUAUUGCUAGGAGUUCAGUGGUUGAUGCUUUUGUAACUUAGCUGUAAGCCAUGAUUUUAUUGCCAUGUAUUUUUACUGGGCACUGUAGGCAAUUCAAAGAAAACCCUACAUGCUAUUUAUUGUAGAGUAUGUGGAAAUCAUGUAUGUAUAUACACUUAAAUAUGUGUACAUAUACAGAAUAUAUGCGUACAUGUAUUUGUAUGUAAAUAAAGAGAGUUUACUAAA